AUGCAUCGUGUGGCAAGUUCCAACAACACAUCUGGUUCAGAUCGUCCUCCUCAAAAAGAGAAACGCUUAUCAUAUGUGUUGAAUGAUGGAGAUGAUAAAAAGCAUUGUGCAGGCGUUAAUUGUGUAGUUGUGUCAAAACCAUCAGUUUCAGAUGGCCAUGACUAUGUUUUCACCGGCAGUCGAGAUGGAACAUUGAAGAGAUGGGUUGUAACGGAUGAUGAAGCGAGUUGUUCAGCAACAUUCGAAUCGCAUGUAGAUUGGGUAAAUGAUGCAGUUUUGGCUGGCGAUGUGCUUGUUUCUUGUUCUUCAGACACCACAAUCAAGACAUGGAAUUCCUCGUCUAAUGGUGUUUGCACUGGGACUCUCCGUCAGCAUUCCGACUACGUUAUGUGUCUCGCAACAAGUCGACAAAGAAGCAACAUAGUUGCCUCAGCUGCGCUUGGUGGUGAAGUUUUCAUAUGGGACCUUAAUGCAGCUCAUUCGCCGAUCACUAGCCCUAUUGACACAGCUGAAGAAAUGAUGCCAAGUCUAUGUGGAUGCAAAGCUAGCGAUGACAUUCUGAUCCACAACACCCAAUCUCAUGGGCACAAUCCCGUUAUUGUGGAGGGACACAAGAAGUCAUCAAUAUAUUCUUUGGCCAUGAGUGAUAAUGGGAAUGUGCUUGUAUCUGGAGGAACUGAAAAGGUAAUACGUGUUUGGGAUGCAAGAACAGGGUCCAAGAAUAUGAAACUUAAAGGCCACAGUGACAACAUUAGGGCUCUGCUUCUUGAUUCUACAGGAAGAUUUUGCCUGUCAGGAUCAUCUGAUAAAUUGAUUUGCCUAUGGGAUCUUGGUCAACAGCGCUGUGUGCAUUCUUAUGUUGUGCACAAAGAUUCAGUCUUCGCACUUGCUUCUACUCCAGAAUUCACCCAUGUUUAUAGUGGUGGUAGAGACCAAUCUUUAUACUUGACAGAUUUGUCGACAAGAGAGAGCAUUUUGCUUUACAAAAAAGAAGAUCCAAUUUUACGAAUGGCCUUAUGCGAUGAUAGUAUUUGGGUUGCGACAACAGAUUCAUCAGUAGACAGGCUGCCAGCUGAAGGAAACAACCUUCAAAGAAUGUUAAAAAAUGGUGCUUCUUUCAUAGCCAGAAGCUUGUCAUUUACAAGGUCAAGAAAUUCUUCAGAAGGACCUGCACCCGUUACUUUAUACAAAUCACCAUCUUUAACAAUUCCAGGAAAGCCAAGAAUUCUACAGUAUGAAAUUUUAAAUAGUAGAAGGCAUAUAUUGACCAAGGAUACUUCAGGUUCAGUUAAGUUAUGGGAGAUUACCAAUGGGCUCGUCAUUGAGGAUUAUGGAAAGGUUUCGUUUGAAAAGAAAAAGAAAGAGCUAUUUGAAAAGGCAAGCAUACCAGCAUGGUUUACCGUGGAUAAUCGACUAGGUUGCCUAUCGAUUCACUUAGAUAAUCCUCAAUGUUUCUCAGCAGAGAUGAAUGCUAUUGAAUUAAAUUCAGAAGCGGCACAAGAUGAUGCAAAGAUAAAUCUAGCUGAGGAGACGCUUAGUGGUCUAUUGGCACAUUGGAAGGCUAAACGAAUGAAGAGGAUGGAAUCUCAAGCUUCAUCUAAUACCGAUAUUGAACAAGAGAAUAACACUCUCAUGGUGCACCCUUCUUUUGAGUUUUCUUCAAACUCACCUCCAUCAAUAGUUACACAGGGUUCAGAAGGAGGUUAUUGGAGAAGAAGGAAUACAAACUUAGAUGGUACAAAAGAUGAGAAAGAUCUACCUUGGUGGUGUAUAGAUUGUAUUCUAAAUGGUAAUCAAUCUCAAAGAGAAGUUACCAAAUAA